AUGAUCUUGCCCGCUAAAAAACAGUUCCUGUGUCCCAACUCUGUGUGCUCUACUGCCGCACCGUCAAUUCAGGUGCGGAGAUUGUCAAAUUUCGAUAGUCAUGGUGAGCUUUUCUGCGCCAGGUGCGCUACCACACUCUUCCCUUGCGAAAACUGUUUGGCUCUGGUGUGCAAGACUCUUUCAUUGGUGAAAGAUGCUAGUGGGGAAGAUCUGGCGACGCGUAGUUCAAUCUUGAAUGAGCGGAAAACGAGUUUGGAAAGUGUAGGCACAAGGUGUAAAUCUUGUGGGUUCUUCAAUGUCACGGAUGCCAAGGCCAGGCAAAUAUGCGGUCUCCCUGUCCACCCGGCCAAAAUCGAUGGCUCAGAAAUGUUGGCAUUCGAAAAAGAGAUUGAUGACCGAGGAUAUGUGGCCAACCAGAUCAGUCUAUGCCACGAAAUCAAGCACAUUCUAGCGACAAGAGGAAAUGCGCUGCAUGAGGGAAUCCUUGAACCACUUGGCCCAGAAGCAACCGAAAUGCCAGUGGAACCUUCCGACAAAGACCCGGAACGGAUUCCGAUGGCCCCAGCUCCUUCUCUUAGUGCGAGUGGGCUCGCCAGGGCAACCUCUCACACUGAGAGUGAAUGUUGUCAGACCAAUGUUGUCUCGUCCAUACUGUCCAGUACCGACCUGAAGCAUGCUGGAAAUCAAGCAUCAUUACAGCUGUCUGUAGCUCCCCAACCCACAGGCAGAAAGAAAAAUCGCAGACGGAAACGGGUUGCCAAAAACGCCAAACAGGCCACUGUAGACCAGAGUGGUGCUGCUCCCUGUCAACCGGACCAUACUGAAUGCCGAGCUCCGGGUAUGUGUCAAAAAAUUCAAGCUCAGCCAACGUGCCCUUCUUCCGAUGCUACAACAGAACUGGCAUCACAUGCCCUCUCUCGAAAGCGUACAUCACAUGAGUAUGACGAGACAGAUGGUCCUAAGUCCAAAAGAGCAAAACUCAACAAUACAGUGCCCCAGCCAGACGUGACCUCGGGAACUUCCUCACAACCAGUGCGUGCAACUAGCGUUCCUCUCACAAGCUCAGCUGGUCUCCGCAUGGCGACGAUGUCAGAUCGAGAACUGGAAAAGCGGCUCUUCGAGUGCAGAAAUCAUCUCACUUGGCUACACAAAAGACUAGAUGUGGUUGCAGCAACGCGGAGAAACUGGGGCGAGCGGGCGUUUACACGAUGGGAUUAUGAGCUACUAGAGUUAUCUUAUAAGCAUAGUAACAGCCCUAUUUCCAGAAAUGCGAAGGCUCUGCUUUUGCUUGCUCGUUCACUAACGGGCUCACCGCACCCAAUCUGUGGUUCACGGGAGGAGAUGCUCUGUGCGGGAAUGAGUCUCGAACAAACGACCAACAGUGUGGAACCAGUUGCCAUAAUUCUGAAUACAGCGUAUCGGUCUUCCGUCAACACCUUCAAAAAGGAUUCUUUACCGUUUAUGCGAGGACUAGGGAUUUUGAACGAAGAGCUGAAUGAAGUCUAUGACUCACUCUUGUUCGAAGCACAUGAGGUCAUUGACCGAUAUAGCACUCCUUCGGAUGAGCCAAAACAACUUUCAUUCACAAAUUUCAGUGACCGCGCAAAUCGGCCUUCAUUGAAUAUGCAGUGGUUGAAGCCCGGAACUCAAAUCGACCGGCACAUCCAGAACGCCAGGGAAUCAGAACAAGCAGCCACACAUGCAAAGCUGUGUGAUCGGCUGAUGUACUUGAGAAGAUUCUACGCUUUUUUGUCCAAACUUCUGUUGAUAUCAUAAAUUUAAAUAUUUCAUGGCUAAAUCGCAAUACUAUUUACAUUGAGAAAUCA